CGACUCCCCCCGGACCGCUCUGCUCUCAGCAGCAGGUACAGGCAGCGCGGUGCACGCUGGGAUCGUCUCUCCAGCCAAUAUGGCGUCUCCGUGACAGCUGUACGGCUGCUGCUGCGGUCCCGGUGACCGGUGUGUGUGCUGCUGGGGGCUCCCUGGACAGUGUGUUUACAGCCGGUAGCUUGGAGGUCUCUAUCUGUCCUCUGCCUAGUCCGGGGGGGACACGGGCAGAGGAGCUGAGCGGCGGCUGCCCCACCCUGUGCCGUGUGUGAUGCUGCGGGUCACCGGGUGUCAGUGACGGGCGGGGGAUGAGGGAGCGCUCCGCGGGCUGACCUGCAGGAAGACAUGGGCUCGGUGACGGCCGGGGAUUCGGCUCAGUGGCUGUCGGUGAAGGAGGAGACAAUCUUCUUACAUGACGGGCUCAUUCGGGUCACCGAUUUGGCUGAACUACCGACCGAGAUCGGGGUGACUGAGGCCGGGGACACGGACCUGGAGAUUUUAACAUUUGAAACAAAGAACCCUACCGAAUUAGCAGAACGCUUGAGAGCAGUGUGCGGGAAUCAGAGCAAUGCUUAUGCACGAUUACUUGAGUAUCGCCUCAAUGCUCUGCGUGGUUUAUGGAAUGCACAGCGUCAGCUGGCUCUGGAAGAUCAACAUGAACGAGAUGGCUCCGAUGAGGAAACCCUUGCAUUGCUCAAGCGGCAAGGCUUGUUACAGCAACCUGAACAGGCUCCGUUCACUUCGCGGAUGGGACUCUUGUUGGUCUUUCCUCUUAUACAGUCUCAGAGUAAAACAGACCCCUCUCUUUGUAACAUAACUGCUGAGGUGCUAUUGAAUUGCCUUCGGGACUGUCAGCCAUUAAGUUUAACUAAAGAACCAGCAGACUGCUUAAAUGGAAUAGAGUCUUUGCUUUGCUCCUGGCUAGAAGACACCUCUACUCUGGACCAGCAAGUCUCUUACAAGCAGAAAGAGAACUCUGCAGCUGCUCUAGUGGCAUUGGCAUGUGCUAGAGGAUCAUUGAAAACCUUCAUUCACACUGUACACUUGCUACAAAAACAGACUGAUUUAGGAUCCUUACCAGUGGCAGAUGUAUUGUAUAGGUUGCUGCUUCUGGAAGGAGGGCCGGGAUCUCCCUCUUGUUUACUUGGAAGCAAGCACAUUGUAUCCUGGGGUUUUGAGGAUAUGCUUCCAGCUCCUGAUGGAACCAGUGGCUCAAACAAUGAAAACAAAGAUGCAGACUUGGGUCGCUGCCUUGCAUCUGAUGGACUUUACCUAUAUACAACUAACUCAGUGGGGAGAGGCUUGAGUAAGCUUGGCUCUGGACUACAUGGCACUUUACGGGGAUUUGUCUACUGUCGAAAUGAGGAGCUGGAAGCUGGCUGGAUUGCUUAUGGAAGUGGCAAGCUGCUUCACCGACCAGCAUCUUUUGACAAUAAGCCUCAUUUUCUUUUCCAAAUAAUUGAUCAGUACACACUACAGAUCUCUCAGAUAAUCACCAUGCCAGCCAAUCAUUUUCCUGUCGGGAGCAACAUGACAACUGUACACCUAUGUUCUGAUGGCUCUUACUUUUACUGGAUUUGGUCUCCAGCAAGUCUAAAUGAAAAGACUCCAAAAGGCCACUCUGUUUUCAUGGACAUCUUUGAACUAAACGUUGAAAAUGGUGUUUACACAGCAAGUCCUCUUCAUGAGCGUAUCAUACUAAUGAGGAAAGAGGGAGAAUCUGCAAAAAGUAUCAAUGAAAUGCUGCUCAGUAGAUUGUCCAGAUAUAGGGCUUCUCCUUCAGCAACUCUAGCUGCCCUUACAGGAUCGACAAUCUCUAAUACGCUAAAAGAGGAUCAAACUGCUGCAAACACAAGCUGUGGCCUUCCUCUGAAAAUAUUAAGGAAGACUCCUAUGUAUACGUGUGGAACGUACCUGGUACUUAUUGUACCACCUCCAGGAGGCUCAGGAAGUUCAGCAACAAGGUCUCUGUUUGGUGGGACCAGUGGCCUCUCAUCACUAAAAAUUUUGGCUUCAAGCCUGGUGUUUAACAUUUCUGAUGGACAGUUCACAAACCGCGCUGAUCUCAUAGAUGCUGCUGGCAGCUCCCUGGGCCGUGGGGCACUAGUAACUGGACUUGGUGCUUGUUAUGAUACUAUAAAUAACAUGAUCUGGACCUGUUCCAAUGACUACAUCGACCAGUGGUGUAACCCGGGAAAUCAAGCUUUCCAUGUUGUGUGUCAGAGACUUGGAGUCACUCACAUCAUUGCUGACCCCAAAGGAGAAGCUGUAACCACCAAUGAGGUUAUAAACCAGUUACUUCAUCAUGUGGGCGCCAUGUGCAUUCAUCAGCUCAACCUUUUGGGCAACAGCAACAGUUUACCUAUCACAACCUUUCUAGGGAAACAACAUCCGAUUGAAUCUCAUCAUCUGAGCAGCAUAUGUGAUAUCAUGGAGAAAGCCAUGGUUAAUGGAGAUAAAUGUAUCAUCCGCUGCAUCCUUGUGGUGUUUCAGGUGGUGUUUAAAUUUUUCCUAAACCCUCAAACUGAGAGGAACAGAGAUACUAUCCGAAGGUCUGGCUUGUUGCUAUGGCAGCUCCUUAUGGCACCAAAGGACCAAAUCUGCCCUGAAAUUCAGAAGGAGGUCUGUCUGGCUAUUAGCUUUGGCUUAAACAUUUUAAACCCAGGAGAGAUGGAGAUCAAUAACUUACUCAAGCUGAUCUUAACAGAAGGUGACCGGAAUUGUGGUCUUUCCCAACUCAGAGAUGUUAUUUUGACAAACUUGACUGAACAGCUGCAGAAUAACAGGUUUGGGAGUGAUGAAGAUGAACAUUACAGGCUAAAUGAUGAACUAUUGCACUAUAUUUUGAAGAUUGUUGUUCGUGAAUCUUGUGUUCUGAUCACUAAGUGCCAAACUGUGUGUAAAGAAGAAUUCCAAAGACUCUUAUCAACCGUGCCUGUUGCCUCACCAUGCCUGCGCUAUCUGAUGGCUGUACAAAAUCACCUACUUAGUAAUACUGUCUUAAUCAAACCUGAUGAGAGUGAUGACAGUGACAGCUCCCUGCAAGGGGAGACAUUGAAGGUACAGGAAUUUCAGACUAGCAUUUUAGGCUUAGGAACACAAAUAUUAACAGGAUGUGAUGAAGUCCUCGAAAUGCUCCAGCGGGUCACAACUGCUCUUAUCAACAGUGAUAUCCCAGACAGGGAUGUUAGAUUAAAGGGUCUAGAACAAAUUACAAAGUCCACCAUGCUUGGCCAUCUCCUUCCUGUUCUCCUGACAUCCCUCAUGCACCCAAAUCUACAGACUUUAACAAUGGCAGAUGCUCUGAUGCCACAGCUUGUACAACUAGUGCUGUACACCAGUCAGGUGAGGAAUGAAAGUCUGCCUUAUCAACUUGUACAGCUAGGGCGGUACAACAGUCAGACUGCUCUUCUUCUUAAAACACAGUCCACAACUCUGGCAGAUAUUGGGAACUCUCCAAGUGGUAUGUCAGAACAGAAGAGCAAAUUAUUACCAGAUGAUAGGAUGUUGGAAGAGAAAGAAGAGCCAGGCUUUCUGACAGGACUGAAGAUUCCAGCACCAUGGGCUGCUGGAAAGACAGUAGAAACAGCUCAUCCUGUUAGAGACAACUACAAAUUUAAAGAGAGUGUUCAUAUACCAGGUGCUCGAUGUCUCUAUCUCCGCUUUGACAGCAGAUGUUCCUCACAAUAUGAUUAUGAUAAGCUGGUGAUCUAUGCUGGUCCCAAUACUAAUAGUCGGAAGGUAGCCGAAUAUGGUGGAAAUACCUUAGGAUAUGGAAGUAGAAGUGUUUUGGGGACAGGCUGGCCAAAAGAUUUGGUGAAGGUAGAGGGCGACACUGUUACAUUCUCUUUUGAGAUGAGAAGCGGUCGUGAACACAAUACUCCUGAUAAAGCAAUGUGGGGAUUCUCCUGCACUGUCAGAGCUCAGGAGUCCUCCGAGGAUGUAUCAGGUGGUCUUCCAUUUCUGGUUGAUCUUGCUUUAGGAUUGUCUGUUCUGGCUUGUUCCAUGCUGCGAAUAUUAUAUAAUGGACCGGAGAUCACAAAAGAAGAAUUGACUUGCCAUGAUCUUUUGAGGUCAAAACUUUUACAGAGGUGUCAGUGGCAAGUAGAAGCAAAUGGUGCGUUAUCCCCGGCACUUACUCCAAGUCCGUCUCCUCUGCCUCUUACCAUAGAAGAAGAUCGAGAGUUUACUUAUCCUUCUGAUAUUCUUUUGCCACCAUCGGCAAAUUACUUUGAGCUGCCUAGAAUCAGACUUCCUCCUGGGAUAAUGAUCAAAUUGCGGGAAAUAUCUGGUCGUGCUCGGCCUCAGUUUAGGCCAAGUAUAAAGGAGAUAAUCCAGCCAGAUGUCAUGGAAGAAAUGGUAGUAUCCUGUGUCAUUAAGCACUUAAACUUGGUUGAUGCUCUCCAGUCCUUGAUAAACUAUCAGUAUCGAGAGGAACAUCUAGAGGAGUAUGACUUGUUGUGUAAAAUAAUGGGAGAAACAUUCAAGAAACUGAAUGCAAUGGAAAGACAAUUACAGAGUGUUGCUGAAUUGGAACAAAAAUGGCACAGUGAAGUGGAAGAUGCAUCAAAUGGAAAACUCGAGAACAAUGCUCCGUUCUUUUAUGACUAUCAUUUCAAUGAGAGUAAAGUAAAAGAAUUAGAGCUGUUGUGUUCAAUGAAAGAAAUUCUUUUUGAUGGAAGUGAUCCUGAGAAUAUGGUUUUAUCUCUUAGAGAGAAGUUUUUCCAAGAUGUAAAUUCCAGCACACAGAGAUCCUCCCAUGCCAUGGCAAAAACAAAAAUAUUGGUGAAGAGUUUGAUGAAUCGGGCAGAGUUACUACUACAUGUAACCAUAGCAGCACAAUCUGGCAUCACUAGAAGUAUAUCUGGCACACCUACAGAGCCUCCAACCUGUAAAUCUAUAUCUGAGGCCAAGGUGAUAUCCCAUGCAAUGCGUCAGCCAGUCUUCCUACGGAGUAUGUCCGCACCCUCUGAUCUAGAAAUGAUCGGCAGUAAUGACCUGGAGUUUAAUAGAUCAAAUUCAAGGAGACGGAAUGCAGCAAGUCACAGAAGCAGCUCUUUUACACUUCUACAGUCUCUAGCUAUUGAAGAUUGCAGAGAUAAACCAACAUACAGUGUUUUGUUAGGUCAGCUCUUUGCAUUCAUUGGGACCAAUCCUGACCAAGCUGUAUCAAGUAGUGGCUUUUUACUUGCUGCUCAGACAAGAUGGCGCCGUGGAAAUACUCGUAAACAAGCCCUAGUGCACAUGAGGGAGCUGCUAACUGCUGCGGUUCGUGUUGGAGGAGUAACACAUCUGGUUGGACCAGUAACUAUGGUGCUGCAAGGAGGACCAAGAAUUGAAGAGCUUACAUGUGGAGGAAUGGUGGAACAGGUCCAAGAAGCCUUUGGGGAAACCAUGACUUCAGUUGUUUCAUUGUGUGCCCGCUAUCCUAUUGCUUGUGCUAACAGUAUAGGUUUGUUGUGCACCAUACCUUAUACCAGGAGUGAAGAAAAGUGCUUGGUACGCAGUGGAUUGGUACAACUCAUGGACAGAUUAUGUAGCUUAAGCAACCAGACCGAGUCAAGCUCCAGUGAAAAACAGACCAAGAAGCAGAAAGUGGCAACCAUGGCAUGGGCAGCAUUCCAGGUUCUAGCCAACAGAUGUGUAGAGUGGGAGAAAGAGGAAGGAGGAUCUACAGAGGCUGUACAUUCAGGUUUGGCUCGACAGGUGUCCACUCUCCUUACCAACCAUUUGGCACGAGCCACUGAGUGCUGUGGUAACCAGGCUGCUGGAAAUGAUGCACUUCAAGAUGUUCUCAGCCUUCUUAAUGAUCUGUCAAGAAGUCAAAUAGGUAAAGCAAUACUGAGCCAGCCUGCGUGUGUCUCCAAGCUCCUUUCACUGCUGCUGGAUCAACGUCCAUCCCCAAAGCUUGUCCUUAUAAUACUACAGCUGUGCCGCGCCGCUCUGCCUCUCAUGAGUGUGGAAGAUUGUGGGAAUGUGGAGCUUCCACCAUGGAGCUACUCUGUUCCAUCUCUUAACAGUGAGCAAGAAGAUCCUAGUGACCCAGCCUCGAAGAUUGCAUCACUAUUGUUGGCAAAACUGGCUGAUUAUGUGGUACCAGGAUGUCAGACGGUUCUUUCUCCAACAGCAUCUGAACCAGACAGCAGUUUAUCUAAAAAUAGUCCCAAAGGUUCUCAGAAGGGUGAUAAAGAUACUGGGGAAGAGAGUGAAGCAGUGGAUGGCAAACUUUCAAUUUUCAUCCACAAGCGAGAAGAUCAAUCAUCUCAUGAAGUCCUGCAACCUUUACUAAGUAGUUCUGAAGGUCGUCCAUUCCGCCUUGGCACUGGAGCAAACAUGGAAAAAGUGGUAAAAAUGGAUCGAGAUAUGACAAAAAGUGGCUGCUGUGAAGUGAUCACUGAAGAAUCAGCUGCCGCACUGCGCAAAGCAACCAAAUGGGCCCAAUCUGGUUUAAUAGUGAGCGUAGGACCACCAGUGGAAAUAGCCAGUCCAGAAACUGCAAGUGGUCUUUCUACUGGAGACAAGAAGAAAACUGCCCAGACUUCUGUCUGCAGAGAGAGAAAUUCUGACCUUGCCAGAACUGAUCCUGUACGCCCUUUCAUCAGUGGACAUGUAGCGAACAGCAUGGCUGCAGAAGUUAUUGCCUUACUUCAUAGUUUGCUAAUGGCUCCAGAGUCUAAUGCAGCCCAGAUAUGGACUACAACAGCAGAAAAGGUUCUGUCUCGUGCCCUUAUGCAUAUUCCACAGCUGGGCAAGUAUGCCGAGAGCAUAUUGGAGAAUGGGAGUGGUAGUGGCAGGAAGCUGGCCAAACUGCAAAGCAUAGCAAGACAAGCUGUUGCUGCUCUCUGUGCUCUAGGAGGAUUCAAGGAGACUAUUAAAAUAGGUUCUGAGGUCCAGGUACUUGGUAAAGGUGUAUCUGGGAGUGUUGGAGUGGUUGUAUCUAUAAAUGAACAAGAAGGUAUAGCAACUGUGAAAUUUCCAACCCUUGAUUUUAGAAAAUCUUCCAAAGCAUCUGAUACAUUGACAAUACCAUUGUUUAGACUCUCUGUUCCACGCUCAGAGGCAUUGCCUCUUCAUAAACUGUCCAUUACUGAGAAGGUAGUGCAGGCAGUCCAGUCCAUGUUACUCCCCCAGGAGGGAUGCCUGUCUAUUCACACCUCACUUCCUGCAACAGGAGAUGCCUCAACUCCCGUUAUGGCUGUGGUUCGGCUUCUUGCGGAGAUCAGGACAAGAGCUUGUCUGGUCAUGGCUCAGCUGUUGGAGGACAGCUCAUUUUGUGAAGAAUUCAUACAGCAGUGUCCUGCCGCUGUAGAAGUACUAAAUUUAGUGGCCCAGGAAUGUAGUCCUGGUGAACGCUUAUCUGUUGUGGAAGUACAGUGUGAAAGACUGAGGAUGUUAUAUCGGGAUUGUGCUCGACCACCCCCACCACCUCUCCAGACUGAGCGUAGAUUGCCCAAAGAAAUUACAUGGUGCCCAUCCCGUGUGUUCCCACCAGUGCGAGCCUGUAUGUUUUCAUCACAUUUGACAGCUGUAACUUUUCUGGCUGACCCGAGUGCAGGAGGAGGUUUACCACGGGGUACCUUUAUCUAUGCAUCUUCACCUGUUCCAGUACAAGCUCCAUCUUUUUAUUGGGAGAUUGAAAUUGUGUCUUAUGGAGACAUAGAUGAUGACACUGGUCCAAUUGUCUCAUUUGGGUUUGCAACAGAAGCAGAAAAGCGUGAUGGGGCAUGGACUAACCCUGUUGGCACAUGUCUGUUUCACAACAAUGGGCGUGCUGUGCAUUACAAUGGUUCAAGUCUUUUGCAGUGGAAGAGCGUGCGGUUAGAUGUAGCUUUGUCUCCUGGGGAUGUUGCUGGUAUUGGUUGGGAGAGAACAGAAGGCACACCACCACCUCCAGGCCAGCCUGCAAAGGGCAGGGUUUACUUCACCUACUGUGGACAAAGACUUGGACCCUACUUAGAGGAUGUUUCCGGAGGAAUGUGGCCAGUUGUGCAUAUUCAGAAAAAGAAUACAAAGAUCCGGGCAAAUUUUGGAUCACGGCAGUUUGCAUUUGCUGAGGGUCAGGCUCAUCGCAAUGCUGCUGAUUUAUGCAUAGACUUGGCUGAAGAAAUAAGCGCAAAUUUUGAAGCAUUACCAUUUGCUAUGGCAUCAGAUAGUGACAAUGAUGCUGGAACAAGCAUAGCAUCUGACCCAGGAAACCAUGGUCCACCAUGCCGCAUUGCUGCAGUAGCUACUAUUUUACAACAGUAUGACAGUGAUUCUUCCUGCAGGUAUAAGGUGGUGCUGAGCUAUGAAAACUUUAUUACAUCUGGUCCUGAUCCACAUCCCCCUCCUAUUGCAGAUGAUGAAAGUGACGACGAUGAUGAUGAUGACAUGCCGCGGGAGGAUCACUAUGCCUUACUAGUGAAAGCUUGGGAGACCAAGGUAUUUCCAACGAUUCGGAGACGUUUUCGAAAUGAGGCUGAGAGAAAAUCAGGCCUGGACCAGAUUAAGGGAGCUUUACAACUUGGAAUGGUGGAUAUAGCAAGGCAAACUGUGGAAUUUUUGUACGAGGAGAAUGGUGGAAUCCCUAGAGAUCUAUAUCUUCCAACCAUUGAAGACAUUAAGGAUGAGGCAAAUAAAUUCACUAUUGACAAAGUUCGCAAAGGACUCACUGUUGUCAUCAGAUCACCUGACAGCAACAAUGUUGCUAGCACUGCUGUGGGAACUGCACUUCCAAAAUUUGCCAUCAGGGGUAUGCUCAAAACCUUCUCCCUACAUGGAGUGGUUCUGGAUGUUGAUUCGGUAAAUGAAUUGGUGCAAGUAGAGACGUAUCUUCGGAGUGAAGGGGUCUUAGUUAGAUAUUGGUAUCCAAUAGACAUGCUUGAGCGUCCACCUGUGGGAUACAGAAGAAUGGCCACCAAUGGUUUAGUGACUUUAGAUAGUACAAACAUCCAAAUUCACAGGGAGCUACUAAGAUGUGAAUCUGCACUUGCCAGACUUUACUGCCGUGUUGCAUUACUCAAUAUUUUUGCACCAAAGUCUCCACACACAUUUACUCGCUUGUUCCAUAUUCCUGCCAUUCGGGACAUCACACUUGAGCAUCUGCAGCUGCUGUCAAAUCAACUUCUAACUCCUCCUCUUCCUGAUGGCACGAUUAGCUCCUCCUCUAUUCUUAUAGCACAGUCCUUGCAACAUUGUAUCCAUUCUCAGAACUGCUCAACCACAGACCUCUUCUACCAGGGCAGUGCUCAAGCAAUCCGAGAAUGGCUUGGGGUGGCCAUCACUAGAGCCUUACAUCAAGGGGAAGAAAGUCUUCUGGAACUUACCAAACAGAUCUGUUCAUUCCUACAGAAUGCUCCAGAGCAAUUUCCAUCAGAAGAAUUUCCAGUCACUGAAUCCAAAGUCAGUAUGGAUGUUAAUUUUCCUGGAGCAGCAUUUGUUGUGGUGUCUUGUAAAGAAAGCCAGUCUGGUUUCCGCAAAGAUUCUUCUUUGUAUAAAGCUCCCUGGGCUCGAGUUCUGCUCUAUGGCCUUGGUCAUAAAGUGAAGCGAAAUGGACAGCUGAAUUUAAUUGAAUCGAUUUGUUACCCAAGAGAUGCCUCCCCUAGCAAUACAGGCCUCACACCACCACCAACAACCAACCAAUACCCAACAGCAAUCAUGCCUACUGACAAGAUCCAUGUCAAACUAGGUGUGUCUCCAGCUCCAGGGGCUGUGCUGGUAAUACAUUCCCUUCCGCUGGAAUUUCCACUUUCCAUGGCUUUUACUGAGCAGCUAUUAUCAUGGAAGCUUGAAGAUGUAGAUGUAGAUGAGAAAUCAGAAGACGAACUUGAUACCAUUCCAUCGUCUGUCCUCCUGCAAGUGGUGGAAUUUUUGUGUAAUUUGCUGUGGACAACAGACUUGGCUGCAGUCAUAAAGGAGUUACUAUUCCACUUGCUGGCUGAACUGCUUCGUAAAAUUCAUCAUCUGGAGCAAAAGAAGAAUCCUGCAGGCUUGUCUUCCUCAAUAGCUCUUCAGCUAAAUCCAUGUCUAGCAAUGCUUAUGGCUCUACAAACAGAGUUACGCAAGUUGUACGAUGAGGAGACACAAAACUGGACUUCUGGAAAUGCAUGUGGGGGCUCUGUGCCUGGGGUUACUGAGCAUGGACGUUUCUCUACCUAUUUCCAUGCUCUAAUGGAGGUUUGUCUAGCUGCGGCUGAAGUUACUCUUCCCAUUAAUAUGAGUUCUGCAGUAAGUGUGAUGACCUCAGCACCCGCACAAAACCAUAGUGACUCGUCCUCCUCCUCCUCAUCUUCUCCUGGACAAACCCCACAAAGUCCAAGCCUGCUGUCAAAGAGAAAAAAAGUAAAGAUCAAACGUGAAAAAACAUCAGCUGCAAAACGCACAUCUUCACGAGGUGCUGAAAAUGACCCUGUUUUGCUUAGUAUGGGUGGCAGUAAGCCAGAAGAUAUGUUGUGGUUCCACAGGGCCCUAACUCUGCUAAUGAUUCUUAGACAUUUAACCAAUAAAGAGCCACAGGGGUUGAGUGUUACAAAUGAUGCAAUAGCAGAUGCCAGUCAAGCACUGGUUGGACCCACAGCACAUAGCCGCUUGCUUGUUAUUUCUGGUAUUCCUACUCACCUAGAAGAAUCUGUUGUCAGAGGUGCCAUCCGAAAAGCAUGCAAUGCCCAUGGUGGCGUUUUUAAGGAUGAAAUAUACAUCCCCCUUCAAGAUGCUGAAACAAUAAAAUCCAAAGAGGGAACUGAAGGAGCUGAAUGCAAAACUGAGGCUGAAAAAACUGGAGUUCCAGUAACUGAUAACAUGGAUAUUAGUAGUUCCAGCAGUGUGACACCUGCAGUUAGUGUGAGCGCUUCUGCUUCCACAAGUCAGGCUUCCUUGUGUAGCUCUCAGGGAGUCUCACAAGCUACCAGUGAAGCAUCCAUGGAGCAGUUUGUGCCAGAGCUUGCUGUACCUCCAGGUCUUUUGGAACCAAAUGCAGUGUCCAGUCAGGAAAGUCUGGACCUAUCCAUAUGCAGCACAGGAAGUAUGGGCAGCUUGGGAAGUCUUGUGGAACAACUAGAUAAUGUAGAAUCCACCUCUUUACCAGAUAUAGGCUCCAUGUUUACAACAGGCUUACUGGACAACCAGUCUUCGGUGUCGAGGCCCAUCAAAGGUUUUGCAGUUGUGGAGGUACGUUCUCGAGCCAAAAUAGAAAAAAUAAGAGCAAGUUUGUUUAACAGCAGUGACCUUAUUGGUUUAUCUAGUCUGGAUGGGGAAGAUGAGCUCAUGGAAUUGUCAACGGAAGAAAUCCUUACAGUCUCCACUGUAAAUCAAAGCCUUUUUGAUACUCAAGGAAUUCCGGGUCUGGGAGAUUAUUUUACAGAAAAGUCCUUGAAAGGGGAUAAGUUGGUCCCUGAGGUCAGAGAUGUCCUAACAGAAAUAUUCAAGAGUUGCAUUCAUGCUGAGCAGAUUUUAAGCCUGACUCCUACAAAGUACAUUAAAGUAUCAGAUAUUUAUCUUAGCAAAGAGCAAAUCAAUUCACAGACUCCAGGAAAUCUGCUCCAUACCUUCUUUACAAACGUUCGCCCUCCAAAAAAAGUUUUGGAAGAUCAGCUAACACAGAUUCUACGGAAAUAUGGUGUUUCAAAACCAAGAUUUGACAAGAGCAAAUAUAGUAAAUCUGGAAAAGAACAGCACCCUGUAAAAGUUGUAAGCACGAAGAGGCCAGUGGGAAAGCCUUCUUCUAAAGACAAAGCUGUCUUAAAUAGUGUUCGAACUGCCCUAAGUGAAAAGAAGCCAAUCGUGAAACCAAAAUCUCCUGAUAAGAGUAGACCUGAUGAAAAAGACCAUGAUAAAUCUCCGACUAAGAAGCAAGAAAUUGCAGAGGAGAAGUUUCUAACACUAGAUGGAUUUCAGAAAUUUGUGGUUGACAAAGCUAAGCAAGACAUUAGAAGCAUCUGGAGGGCCAUUUUGUCCUGUGGUUAUGACCUCCACUAUGAAAGAUGUGCUUGUGUUGAUACUCGACAUGCUCAGAAAUCCAGUAGAAAAUGGACACUUGAAAUGGAUGUGGCUCUGGUUCAAUAUAUAAACAGACUUUGCCGUCACCUUGCAAUAACGCCAGCUCGGCUACACCCUCACGAGGUUUACCUGGAUAUGUCUGAUACUGCUGAUCCCAGGGUGUCUUGUCUACUGAAUGUCCCUAUUGAGAGUCUUCGGCUCCGGUUUGCCCUUCUACAAUCACUAAACACCACUUUAGAAACCUUCUUCCUGCCUCUUGUGGAGUUACGGCAAACAGACAUGUAUAUGCACAGUAUUGCGGCUUUGCUGCAACAAGCAAAAGGACUGAUCUUCUAUGAUACAAAAAUAACUGUGAUGAAUCGGGUGUUAAAUGCAACUGUGCAGAGAACCGCUGACCAUGCAGCCCCAGAGAUCAGCCUUGAUCCCCUGGAAAUUGUAGGAGGUGAAAUUCGUGGAUCAGAGAACUCUUACUUCUGCCAAGCAGCUAGACAGUUGGCAUGCAUACCUUCCUCCCAACUCUGUGUCAAACUAGCUAGUGGAGGUGAUCCAACUUAUGCCUUCAAUAUUCGCUUCACUGGGGAAGAGGUACAUGGAACAAGUGGAUCCUUCAGGCAUUUCCUCUGGCAAGUAUGUAAAGAACUUCAGAGCUCCUCCUUGUCUCUUCUGCUGUUGUGCCCCAGCUCUGCGGUUAAUAAGAAUAAGGGGAAAUACUUACUUACUCCCAGUCCUAUAACCUAUGCAGAGGAGCAGUUGCUCCAUUUCUUUGGUCAGCUCCUGGGUAUAGCUAUCCGAGCGGACAUGCCCCUUCCUCUUGACCUCUUGCCUUGCUUUUGGAAGAUGCUUGUAGGAGAACCAAUGGAUCCUGAAACAGAUCUUUAUGAAGCGGAUAUUCUAACCCACAACUACAUCAAGAAAUUUGAAAAUCUAAAUGAUGAAGCUGAACUGGAAUCACUUUGUGCUGAAAUAGCAGCACAGCAUCUCCCUACCGAGAGUCCAGACUCCCCUAACAAACCAAGCUGUAAAUUUACCUACCCAACAAUGACCGGGGAGGAGGUGGAACUGUGUGCAAAUGGAAGACACAUUCCUGUUGUUUGGGAGAACAAGAAUAUUUACGCAGCAGGAAUCAGAAAUCUCCGUAUGCGUGAGCUAAAGAACCAGGACUGUAUGAAUGCUGUACGUGCUGGUCUGGGCUCCAUCAUUCCCCUGCAGCUUCUAACCAGUCUGACAGCCCUGGAGAUGGAGCUCCGAACAUGUGGGCUGCCAUUCAUCAAUCUGGAGUUUUUAAAGGCUCACACUAUGUAUCAAGUCGGUCUUAUGGAAACUGAUCAGCACAUAGAGUUUUUUUGGUGUGCUUUGGAGAUGUUUACUCAGGAAGAACUUUGUAAGUUCAUUAAAUUUGCCUGCAAUCAGGAACGCAUUCCCUUCACAUGUCCUUGUAAAGAUGGGGGGCCAGAUACUGCACAUGUUCCCCCGUACCCCAUGAAGAUUGCCCCACCUGACGGAGCAACAGGUUCCCCAGAUUCCAGGUACAUCCGUGUGGAGACCUGCAUGUUCAUGAUAAAGCUCCCGCAGUACUCUUCCCUAGAGAUCAUGCUGGAGAAACUGAGGCAUGCAAUUCAUUAUCGAGAAGACCCACUCAGUGGUUGACCCUGAUCCUAGCAGAGAAGAGGAGCAAUUCUAAGAGAAGACCCGAACUGUUUAUGUGGGAGCCCUUACAGCUCACAGGCUUGCCCCAUGGACAGAACCUGAGGAAACAAGAUGACUGAACUUUUUGUUUUUUGUUCUGCCCAUACCUGCACAUUUACCUUUGUAUUUGUGAAGUCUCUGGUGGGGUUUUUGCCUUGUUUGUGAAAUGUUUGUCGAAUAAUUUUAGUACUGAUGAUGUGGAGCAGACGACUUGAUUUAUUCCUCAAACACACGAGUGUCAAUGCUCUUAUGUUUGGGGCAUGAUUUAAGAAAAACUUUAUUUUAUACCAUUGAAUGGAAGAACGUGAACAAAUGAAAAUUGGGUUAUCUGUAAAUAAGAAUACACAACAUAAUAUAAUUUAAUGAUAAAUUAUUUCCAGAGUACAGGAAUGUAACACACUGGAUAGAGAGCUGUGAAAAAAAAAGUUUGGUUAUUUUUUUAUUUUUACUUAUUUUGCAAAAUAGUAUUUAAGUUCUAAUAGUUCUAAUAAGCACUGGAAAUUGCUGGUUGUGAAGGGAAUUCGCCAUUUUAACGUUCUGAGCUUUCCUCAGUGUAUAGGAGCACGAGCUGCACAGGAUAGUUUUUCUUUUUUUAAUUGUGAAGUUUUGGGGUUUUUAUUUUAUUGAAACUGUUGGUUUUAUUUGAGGUUUCCACAUUUUAGGCUGUGAUGGAUCCAGCUGAUGGUGAACAUUCACUUGAGAACUUGAAUCUGUGGCCUUACGCUGGUGAGAAUUGUAUGGUGUUGGAGCACAUGCAGAGAUACACACAAUGCACUGUAUUUACUAAGGGCUUGGACCAUAUGCAGCACAGACAAAUGGCAGAUGACUAUUUGGUGUGGGGAGAUUUUUCACGGUUAUUUUUGCCCACAAGCUUUGGGAUUAUCAUAAAAAGCACAGGAAUUUAUAGGUGUCAGAGAAGUGUGUGAAGUUUUUUUGAGGAGCUUCCCAAGAGUUAUUGUUUAUAUGGUACAGAACAUGAGCGCCAGGGCUCUUAGGAAGUAUUCCGGUAUCAUAAGCCUGACCUGUCAGUUAUCCUUUCGACUAGGUAAAAUACUUAUUCUGACUUGUUUCCAGUAGUAGUAACACUACCAGGUUAAGGUAUUACAUUAGAAUGAAUGGAUUUUGCCAUGAACUAUGGUAUAUUUUACUGGGUAUAUGUACCCUAACUAGUUAGAUGAUCCAUGGUCACUGAAUAUUGGUGCAUACAAACCCUUGCUACCUUAACCCGGCUAAUAAUGAAAAGUGGUGGCUCACAUUUACCGAGUCAGUACUGUAUUGUGUCUCAAGUGUUUGACUAGAAAAGCUUGUCAUUAUUCUGAGUGGCGGCCCUCUUGCACCUAUUCACAAUGUUUCUACAUGCUAGUAUACUUUCAGUAUGAUCAAUGUAGAGGCAACACACUCAGCAAAACAGUGCAGCACCGAACGCUGCUGUAACGUUAUACAUGUCCUGGUGCAAUGCUGUCAUUGUUUAGCCUGAAAGACAUUCAGGAGUCGUCUCUGGAAAUAGCCCAUAUCAUCAUUAGGGUUGUCACCUUCACAUAAGGCAUAGCUUUCAAAAGGUCAUCCGAUAUUGAUAGUGUAGAAAAUGAACAUGGUCAUUCCUAAGCAACCAGCCAAGAAUGUGACUGUAAAGCUCUACCAUUUAUAUGAUAGAUGGAGACACCUCAUAAUGCAAGAUGCCAUAUAAAGCCCUAUAUUUUAGAUGGAUGGGUGCUGAGACUCUUGACCUGUGUCCAGAUCACUAAUAUUAGGCAAAAGACUGCUGCAAUAAACAAACUAAAAUUCUGUUUUACAAGCUGGAAGAGCAAUAUAGAGCUCGGCUCUUAUUAUUGGCAACUCCUGAUCGAGAAAAGUAAAAGUGAAAGCCUUAUUCUAAAAUGGAGAUUGGAGCUAGCAGAACUGCAGCCCCCAAUAAACCCCCACCAGUCUAGCCAGAUACAAGGCUUCUUAUGAUGGCACUGCAGGUGACAGGAUGCCCACCUGACAUAGAAACACUUUAGCAAUGGGUUUAAGUGCAACAUAUCUACUUUUUGAGCCCUAAAGUGUGCUGUACAGUCGAUGUAUAUUUAUUAUUGCAGUUAUCUAUGGUUGCAUAUAACAAAUCCUUUAACUCUAUGCCAUUCCCCUUGUCUGUUCCGGUAUUUAAAACACUGCUGUGUAAAUGAAGCAUACUAAACAAGGAAAGUGUCAUGAGAAUUAAAAAAAUGAUUUUGAAUGUC